GUCACAGUUAUCUCAUGUACAGACAUGUUUUUCAAAUAGGUUUAUUUGCAUGUCUCAUCCAGUCCAUAUCACUGCAAAGUAAUAAAGAGUAAUUUCAGUUUGAGAUAGCUAGAGGAACAUCUUGUCUAAAGGUGCAGCACACUUUUAUACACACAUUUGUAUUAGGCAUAGUGUUGGAAUAUAUACUUCAGAUAUCAACAUUUAGAUCAUCACGAUGGAGGGAACAUCAUCCGAGUUAUCCAAAUGCAGCAUUGGUUUAAAUUUGAAUGAUUCCUGCCAUAAGAAAAAUUUUGUGAGACGCGAUGCUGGCUUCUUUGCAGUUAAUCAGAUAUCAGAUGAGGACAAAAAACUGCUCGAGUGGAGAAGUGGAUUAACAUUGGCUGAUGAUUAUAGCAUAUGUUUCCAUCAUCAUAAAGUGUAUCUCGAUCGCUAUGAAAGUCUGCAGACUGCAGGUAUGCAUUCUGUGUGUGUGUGUCAGCAGCACCAAAAUGUGAAACUACUUCUGACAGUCUCUCCUGAUAAGUGUGAUUACAAGGAUUAUCUCAGUAAACUAGUGUGUAACACUGAAAACCGCAACUGCAUGUUGCAAUGUUGUGAAAAUUGUCCAGAUUUGUUUUCUGCCAAUGAAGUGGAUAUGGAUGACAAUGUAACUUACAAGCAAUGGAUGCAUACUGAUAGAACUGCAUUGGUUACCCUCACAACUUCAGUGCAUGAUUAUAUUUAAACAGUUUGUAAUGCUGUUGAUUGUUUACGGAGCCAUCACUUCAUCACCAAAUCACAGUCUUCAUACUUGCAAUCCUUACAACCAGACACAGCUAUCAUCUUAUUAGAUUUUGCUGAAAACUACAGUUUCCUCGUUCAAGAUGCUAUACAGGGCUAUUACUGGGAUAAUAGUCAGGCCACAGUGCAUCCAUUUGCAGUAUAUCAUAAUGUGGAAGGAGAACUGAAGUGCAUAAGCGUUGUUAUGAUUUCAGAUUGUAUGAAGCAUGAUACUACAGCCGUCCAUGCUUUCAUCUCUCACUUGAUUCCUUACACCAAGGAUCAGAUUCCAGGCUUGCGGAAAUGCAUAUAUUACAGUGAUGGGGCUGCAAGCCAAUAUAAAAAUCACAAAAAUAUGUCAAAUCUCUGUCACCAUUCAUCUGAUCAUGGACUUAUUGCUGAAUGGCAUUUCUUCGCAACCAGUCAUGGAAAGAGCCCGUGUGA